CUUAACCAAACUUUUUAAAAAUGUCAGAAAAAGGCGACAGUGAUGAGGACUUACCACAAUUAUCAGCAGAAACAUUUGCUGCCCUACAAGAAUUUUAUAAAGAAGAAGAGGAAAGAGAACAUAAUAUCAAUUUACUAACCGAUCAAAAAGAUGUCACGCUUAAAGAAGAUUGGCAACUUAGUCAGUUUUGGUACAAUCAGGAUACUAUUGAUAUUCUAGUAAAAUUGACAUUAAAAUCUGUUGGAGAUAAUGCAAAGAUAGCUCUUAUUUCCUGCCCUUCUUUAUAUAAAACUAUGAAAAAAGUGGGAAAAGGCUGUGAAAUUACGCUUUAUGAAUAUGAUAAAAGGUUCUCUGCAUAUGGAGCAGAUUAUGUAUUUUAUGACUACAAAUCACCUUUAAGUAUACCUCGAGACAAAUCGGAUUAUUAUGAUAUAGUGUUAGCUGAUCCUCCAUUCCUUUCUGAUGAAUGCCUCACAAAAACUGCCCUUACUAUAAGAUUCUUAACCAAAAGCAAAAUAGUACUGUGUACAGGUGCAGUAAUGGAAGAUUUACUUAAGAGACUUCUGGAUUUAAGGAAAACCAGUUUUGAACCCAAACAUGAAAAUAAUCUAGCAAAUGAAUUCUGUUGUUUUACAAAUUUUGAUUUGGAUUCACUUUUAUAAUAUUUCAUAAAAUUAAUGCUCAAAUUGCAAAGCAAAUUUUAUAUAUACAGGUAUAGAAAAAUAUAUUUGUUAGUUUUUGAUAACUUAUCAUUAACUUUUAUCAACACAAUUACAAAAUAUGAAAUACAAGUAUUAUGUAAAUAUGUGAGAUUCUUUAGUUGAAUUCAUAUAAAACAGAUAAGUUUAUAGAAAUUUGCUGAUCAUUGAAGAUCUGUCCCAAAUAAUAUUGUAUGUGGACAUAUCCAACCUUAUAAUAAACAAAAAAAAACAUUUUAUUUAGUUUGAAAACAAUAUAUUUUUUUAUGUUAAAUCAAUGGCAAAUAUGUUAAUAUGUCAUUUUGGUAAUACCUAUAAUUAUAAUACUUAUGUUGGUACAAUUUGCUUUCAAUCAAUAUACAAUUCACAAGGAAACUAAGUUCCUGUAGCCUGGCUGAAUACCAUGUAUCACAAAAAUUUAUUUAAAAUUCCUUUAUAAAAGGUAUAU